AUGGAUUGUAGCUGUGUCUCCGACCUUCUCUUCGCCCCGCCCGCCCUGCCGGCUCUCUGGACCCCCGGGUUCGCCUUCCCGGACUGGGCCUACAAGCCAGAGUCGUCCCCCGGCUCGAGGCAGAUCCAGCUGUGGCACUUCAUCCUGGAGCUGCUGCAGAAGGAGGAGUACCAGGGCGUCAUUGCCUGGCAGGGGGACUACGGGGAGUUUGUCAUCAAGGACCCUGACGAGGUGGCUCGGCUCUGGGGCAUCCGCAAGUGCAAGCCUCACAUGAAUUAUGACAAGCUGAGCCGGGCGCUGCGCUAUUACUACAACAAGCGGAUUCUCCAUAAGACCAAAGGGAAGAGGUUCACCUACAAGUUCAACUUCAGCAAAGUAGUGCUGGUCAACUACCCACUGCUGGACAUGGCAGCUGCCACCACUGGCUCCCCGCUCUUGCUGACCCCUGGCCCCUUUGGGGGGGGCCCUGGGCCAGAUGCCCCUCCCCUCACUCCUGAGACCCUGCAGACCCUGUUCUCAACCCCACGCCUGGGAGAGACAGGGGCCCGGGCACCCCUGUUCACCCCUGACACUGACAAACUGAGGCUGGACAGCCCUUUCCCAUUCCUAGGCUCCGGUGCCACUGGCUAUUCGAAGCCCCCUGGCCUGCUGGGUCCUUAUGGCCGCACCUUCCCUGAGUACCCCUGGAACUUUAACCCGUACCUCACUGGCCCUUUCCCCAAGCUGCCUACUUCCCUCUAUCCCCCCCACUUUUACCCCAACCCGCUGGCCAGCACCCUGGGCCACCUGCCCUCGGCAGGAGCAGGGCCCACUGCCGCCCCUCUCCUGGCUGCUGGGGGCGAGGGCCUGGGCCCUGAGCGCCCCUUGGGCCUGGAAGCCACCCCCCGCCUGGCGCUGCCAGGGACUGGGGGAGCAGAGGCUGCGCUGGGUGGGAAGGAGGACAGCGACUCGGAGCUGGAGAUCACAGACGUCAGUGGCUGCAGCUCUGACAGUGAGGGUGACGAGGGUCUCCCUGUGCCUCCCAAGGUCAAGGUGGGCAAAGGUGGGGCGGGCAGCUGAGCUGGUGUGGGGUGACAGGUUCUGCCAAGGCAGGGACCCGGGCAGCCUCUCUCAUCAUCUGGUCUGUUCCCCACAUCCCGCCCCAGGACAGGGACCAGCCCUUGGCACGCUCCCAGGGCCAGAUACAGUGUCCCUGUCUCCUGCUUCCCCACCCCAGAAUGGGGGGUCUCAGCUUCCCCCCCAAGAGGGUGGAGGGAGUGUGAUGGCUUCUAGUCUCCUCCCCAGGCUCCAGUUUGAGGGGGUCCCUGCCUGGCCCCACUCCUGAAGUGCAAUAUGGCGCCAGCCUCCCUGCCCACCCCCGUGCUGUGACCUGCGUUUUGUGCUGUCUCCCUGAUGUCCCCCAACCCU